ACUGAAUGACGUUAAAUUGAAGCGACGCGGGGUCUGUGGCCGCUUGGGUGAAUAUGAACAGUGUUGGCACCGAGUGCUUGGAGUUGAAGCGCGGGUACGAUCUGUGCUUCAACCGCUGGUUCGCUGAGAAGUUCCUGAAGGGAGAACGGAGCGCAGAUCCGUGCAGCGAACUCUUUAAGCAGUACCAGGAGUGCGUGAAGAAAGCCAUCAAGGAGAAGGACAUCCCAAUUGAAGGACUGGAAUUCAUGGGACCCAAACAGGAAAAGCCUUAUGGAAGUGGUGGUUCUGCAUGAUGUGACAAUGGCACUGGAUUCUUCCCUGCUAGCUUUUUGUUUCUUGUUAAAUCAGCAUUUCUGUGGCCAUGACUUUUUCGUAACACAGUGUCGACGAUAUCAAGAUAACGGCUGCAGAGAGCAGGAUUUGGUGGAAUAACAUUGGGCUGUGUAGUUAUUGUUUAACAUUAUUAAUUUCCAGAAUGACAGCAGUGAUCAUCAGAAACAUUUACAAAAAACAUCAUGAAGUUGGGCAAAUUUUGUAUUUCACAUGUACAGUUUUCUAAUCUGUUUGUGAGUUGUCUUUUGGAAGUUGUAAAUAACUUGUCUUUGUUUAA